AGGUUGCUCCUAGCCCCAGUUCACAUGGUGUCCCUUAGAGCUGGAGGGUCCAGAAGCCCCUUCAGCUCUGAGUCCCCCUGGGAGAUUUGGUGGGCCAGCAGCAUCUGGAACGCCUGGGCCAGAACCCAGACUUCAUCCCCCAGCAGAUGGCCUUGGAGAGAGCUGCCCUGUGUCCAGAAGAGCCCUUGGAUGCCUCUGGUUCACUCAGCACUUUACAAGCCUAUUUUAUGAUUAUACAGAGGAGGUAACACCUAAGCCUUGCCUAAAGUAGGAGGAAGGACAUUCCACACCAGGCAGUGUGGGAGGGCACAAAUAAUAUGACUAGACAUGCAGUUGAGUUGGUCCAUGCUGGCUACGUUGGGUGAGGUGUAAGUGGCCAGCAGUGGCUGGGGUUGGCCAUCUAGCAGUUACAGCUACCUGAAGAGGAGGGCUGGGCACAUAGAAAGGAGUCUGUCCUCAGAUAUGAAUGGGGCAGUAAGGAGACUACUGCCUCACUGCUCCUUCCCCAGGAUUGGGAUUUUCCUUAAAGUGUCUGUUAGGAAUGUGGGUUUGAGGCUCAGCCCCACCUGUAUUGAAUCGGAUUAGUCACAGUAACUUUUAAGAACCAAUACCCUCCCUAUCUUGGUGACUCCUCUCUGGAGAGCCUGUUAAAAUGUAACUACCCACUUGAGGAGGAGGAGAAACAAACUGGUUGGUAUCCAGUAGGACCAGGGCCUGGAAAGCUUGGUGUCCCAGAGGCAGGGAACACUGGGAAGCCAGAGGGUUCAGGGAGGCUUGGGUAGUUGCCUGAGUGGAGAGUCCUGGGACCAGGAUGGGGACCGCAGCAGGAAGCUGCCUGCACCUCUUCCCUCUGCUAAGGCACACAGGGCGUGUGCACAGGUUCACUGCAGCCAGCAGCCCUCUGGGCAAUUCUCUCUGCUUCUGGACCUUGACUUUUUUCCUGCGAAAAAUGAAAACCAGGCCCCACCCCAGUUUGCUGGUAUGUGUGUGAUGAAGAGAGGGAAUGAAAGAGCAUAGUCUUUCACAGCUAAACAUUUGUGUUUUCUUCACUAUUGUAAGGUUGUUGGGGUUUUGUUUUUUAGGCUUAGAAUUAAUAUUUUAUUCUAAAAACAUUCUCAGUGAGUAAAUAAGGGGGAUAUGUGUGUAUUCAUUCCUUUGUUUAAUUUUUAUUGGUCCCACUCUUAGAGUGGGAACCUAUUGUAAGUUUAAAGGGUGCUUCCUUAAAAAUACAUUUGCUCCUGUUGCUUAUACUUUACACAGAACUUGGUUAACUUUCCAUCUUGACCUUUAGUUUUAAAAAAUAUUUCCCAAUGGUGCCUACACACUUAAAAUAGAACCAAAAUUUCAUGCAACAACACCUACCUGUCAGAUGCAUACUGUACAUUCUGAUGCUGUUUUUUCAAUCUUAUUUCAACGUUUUAAAAUCUUGAUCACAAUCCACUAAUUUCCUGUACCUCUGAUGGACAAAACAUGCAUUUUUGAAAAUAGGUAGUGUGAGCUUCACACAACUUGUUCCACAGCCCUGAUCUUAUCUCACACUGGCCUGAGUGUUGGGCAUGUGUAUUCCACUUUCUUGAGAAGUGGAUUGCUCAAGGUCACAGUGCCCAGUACCCUCAGCUCUAGCUGGGGCUCUGUGGAACAGGGCUCUCCCCCAUGGGAACACCUUAGCCCUUUCCCACCCAGUUCCCUGCCAGUCCCAGGAACAAGACUCUGAAGAGGGCUUAGGACCCCUGGAGAGGGAAAAGAAGUCUGUACAAAUAGCUCCAAGUCCCUGGCCAACCAGAGCUGGCCGCACUCAGAUCCACCCUCUAGCAGGUGAUUGGCCCCUGGGGGGGUUACCACCCCCCACCCUACCCUGGAACCAGCUUCCUUCAUUACACCUCAUCUCUGAUUGCUUCUGUGGGUGUGGCUCCUGAGGCUAGGGGCAGGAAGGAGCUGGUUUGUCCCUACCACGGGAAAGAGGUCAUUUCUUCCCCAGCUCUGAGCUGAGAAAGUUCGUGGCGGCUGCCCCACUGGCUCCUUUCUAUGGCUCUCAAGGAAGGACUGAGGCCCAGGAAGAGAACCUUCUGGCGACUGAUCCUGCUUGCACUUGGCCUCUUAGGGUUGCUCCUUCUGAACUGGCUCCCUAUAUUCAGGAAGCUGGAAGUCUUCAUCCCCAUGGGUGUCUGCCCUGCAGCCACAAUGCUCCAGAUGAAAGACAACUUCACAGGUGUCCUGCGUCCCUGGGCCCGGCCUGAAGUCCUGACCUGUACUUCCUGGGGGGCCCCCAUUAUUUGGGAUGGCACCUUCGACCCAGAUAUAGCCCAGCGAGAGGCCAGACGGCAGAACCUCACCAUUGGGCUGACUGUCUUUGCGGUCGGCAGGUAUCUGGAGAAGUACCUGGCGCGCUUUCUGGAGUCUGCGGAGGAGCACUUCAUGGUGGGCCAGCGCGUGGUGUACUACGUAUUCACCGAGAGGCCCGCUGCUGUGCCUCGCGUGGCGCUGGGCCCCAGCCGUCAGCUGCGAGUGCAGUACGUGGUGCGCGAACGGCGCUGGCAGGACGUGUCCAUGGCACGCAUGGGCACGCUGCACGAGGCAUUAGGCGGGCGUCUAGGGCGCGAGGCGCACUUCGUGUUCUGCAUGGACGUGGACCAGUACUUCAGCAGUGCCUUUGGGCCCGAGGCGCUGGCAGAGUCAGUAGCGCAGUUGCACGCCUGGCACUACCGCUGGCCACGGUGGCUGCUGCCCUUCGAGCGCAACUCGCGCUCAGCCGCCGCAGUGGCCCAGGGUGAGGGCGACUUCUACUACCAUGCCGCCUUGUUCGGGGGUAGCGUGGCCGCGGUGCGCAGGUUGACGGCUCACUGCGCGCGCGCCCAGCAGCAGGACCGCGAGCGCGGCCUCGAGGCACUCUGGCACGACGAGAGCCACCUCAACAAAUACUUCUGGCUGCACAAGCCCACCAAGGUGCUAUCGCCGGAGUUCUGUUGGAGCCUGGAUAUCGGCCCACGCCCCGAGAUUCACCGGCCCCGUCUGCUCUCAGCGCCCAAGGAGUACGCGAUCCUGCGCGACUAGUGCCAGCCACCGGCACUGACACCCGAUGAGUUACAGGAGGGAGAGACCCUUCCUUCAGUUGGCUUCUUUCUGGAAGCCACAAGAUACUUUGGAGGACAGAGAAAGAUUGAAUGAAAAGAACCAGCUCCGCUCCUGUGCGCCUUUCCCUCACUUUCAAUAUGGGCUGAAACACAACCGAAACACCUCUGUGGCCGUCCAGAAUUCACCUGAUGCCUCCUCAAGUGAUGUUCUAUCCCUACCUCAUCUCCCCACCCCCCACCCCACUCGCUUUUAAACGAGAUUGAGACACAGAGGGAACAUAAUCGCCAGAGGCUGAGGAUCUGUGUAGUGGCAUCAGCAGUUGGGAGAGCCAGGACUCUUGUCUGACCCCACUCCACUCUCAGUCCAGUUGACUUUGAGAAUGAGCCAUAGAGGGACAAACACAGGAGGCAUCCUGGUCAUUGGCUCUCCCUUUUUACCUGUCCUGCCCAUAAGCAUGACAUGUACAUAUGUGAGUAUUAUUAUAAUAGAUAAAUUUUUCCAAAUUUG